GCGCUUCUGCUAGCCUCGCAGCGCGGGCAUGCGGAAUCGAUCCGGUUGCUGCUUGCAGCCGGUGCAGACGAUUUGCCACGGCAGGAUGGAGCGACAGCUCUUUUCCUUGCAGCCCAACGUGGGCACCUUGGAGUCGCACGCGUCUUACUGGAGGCCAGCAAAGACAAG